GGACCUGGUCGCCAGUUCCAGCGACUCGUCCAGCCAGCUGAGCGGCCUGAUGGAGGCCCUGCGCGCCAAGGAGGCCGAGCUGGACGCGGAGCGCGGCGCGGCCGAGGCGCGGCUGCAGGAGGCGCACAAGGAGGCGCUGGGCGCGCGCCAGGCCGCGGAACGCCUCGAGGAGGCGCUGCGCCAGCGCGAGCAGGAGCUGGAGCACGAGCGGGAGGACGCGCGCGCCGCGGCCCAGGCGGCGCAGGCCAAGGAGGCCAAGGCCCUGGAGGACGUCGCGCAGCUCGACAAGCAGCGGCGGGAGGCCGAGCAGGCCCGCGAGCAGCUGCAGCAGAGGCUGCAGGACGCCGAGCGGGAGGCGGCCGCGCGGCACGAGCAGCUGCAGGUGAAGCUGCAGGAGGCGGCGGCGCUGCAGGAGCAGCUGCAGCAGCGGCUGCAGGACGGCAAGCAGGAGGGCGCGAAGCUGCAUGAGCAGAUCGCGGCGCUCAACGAGCGGCUGUCGGGCAGCGAGAAGGACGCCAAGGUGGCGGAGGCCACCCUGCGGGACCGCGUGCGAGAGCUGCAGGAGGAGCAGCAGCAGCUGCAGCUCGACAUGGACCGGCAGCUGAAGGCCGCGGAGGAGCGGCUCCUGACGGAGCGGCAGCAGCUGCAGGGCGACGUGGAGCGGGUCGAGGGCGAGAGGGGUCAGCAGGCGCGCCGCGUGGAGGAGCUGGAGCUGUCCGUCCAGGAGCUUCAGGGCGCCAGGGACCAGCUGCAGGGUGAGAGGGAACAGCAAGUGAAGCGCGUCCAGGAUCUGGAGCUGUCCGUCCAGGAGCUGCAGGGCGCCAGGGAUCAGCUGCAGGGCGAGAAGGAACAGCAAGCGCGCCGCGUGGAGGAGCUGGAGCUGUCCGUGCAGGAGCUGCGAGGAAACCGAGAACAACUGCAGGGCGAUCAAGAACAGCAAAUGCGCCGCUUGGAGGAACUGCAGGUGAAGAAUAACCAGCUACAAGCUGACAAGGAGGAGACGCAGCGACUCUUGGAGCAGCUGACCGAGGCCAAGCUCAAUUUGGAGGAAGGGGAACAACAGCUGAAGUCUGAGAAGGACCAGCUGCAAGGUGACAGGGAGCUGCAGCUUCAGCGAGUGGAAGAGUUGACAAAGACCAACGCUGACCUCCUGCAAGCCAAGGAGAAGCUGGAAGAAGUGGGGAAGCAGCAGGUGCAACAGCUAAAGAACUCGGAGACGACCGAGCAGCAGCUGAAAACACAAGUGGCGCAGCUGCAGGCUGAGAAGCAGGUGCAAGAGCAUCGUGUCGAGGAGCUGGAGGCGGACCUGCGCAGCGCCAGGGGUGGCGCCGAGGAGCAGGUGGCUGCCCUGGCCGCCCAGGUGGACGAGACCCGCCGCCAGCUGCAGGAGGCCCAAACCACUGCAGAGCACGAGAAGCAGAGGUUACUCGCGGACGUCGCGGACGUGCAAGCCCGCCUGGACAAGGCCGCGGAGGCCGCGAGCAAGGACGGCGCGGCGGCAGAGGCGGCCCUGGGCGAGCGCGACGCCGCCCUCGCGGAGCUGCGGGACAGCCUCGCUGCCCAGGAGGUGCAGGCCGGCGAGCUGAGGGCGCAGGUGCAGACGCUCACCUCGCAGCUGCAGCAGGGCGAGGCGCUGCUCAAGGAGAGCCAGGCGAGCGGCGACGCUCAGGUGCAAGCCCUCAACGCGCAGCUGUCGGACCUCGGCUCACAGGUGCAGGCCCUCACUGCGCAGCUGCAGCAGAGCGAGGCGAAGCUGAAGGAGAGCCAGGCCAGUCAAGGGUCACAGGUGGAGGCGCUGACCUCGCAGGUGCAAAGUCUCACCUUGCAGCUGCAGGAGAGCGAGGCACAGCUCAAGGAGAGCAGGGUCUCUCAGGGCACGCAGGUGACUGAACUGCACACACAGAUUCAGACUCUCACCUCGCAGCUGGAGGUGGGUGGAGCUGAGCUGGUUCAACUGACGAAAACACACAAAGAUUUGGAGGCGACUCACACGCAAGUUCAGCUCAGUUUGGAAGCCGCGUCACAAAAACUGAGUGGUGCUCUAAAACAGCUGACAGAUGCUCAGUCUGAAGCUGACAGUGAGCGGACUCGAGCAGAAAAUUUGUUAACCCUAUUAGCAGCUGCAAAUGAUGCCAAGGAAGAUGCUCAGAGAAGACUGGAGACUCAACUAAAGCAACGUGAACAAGAACUACAGUGCACUAAAGAAAAGUCACAGUCCUUGCUGCAGACAAUUAAUAAGGAAAAAGAAAUAUUAGAAGAAAAGUUAACUUCAAUGAAAACAUCAGUUCUACAGUCUGAGACCAAUGCAAACAAUUCAGAUCCUGCUCACCAAAGACUUGUGGAAGAAAAGGAUGGUCUACAGGGACAGGUUGAUUUCCUAAAUUCUAUUAUUGUAGACAUGCAGCGCAAGAACGAUGAAUUAAAAGCUCGGGUAGAGCUUUUAGAAACUGGCAUUUCAAUGGCGGAUGUUGAUGAGCUUGAGCUAAACAACAUCAAACCAAGAAUGGUUGCUCCACGUCUCUUCUGUGAUAUUUGUGAUGAGUUUGAUCUACAUGACACAGAGGAUUGCCCUACUCAGUGCAAUGAUGUUGCACCAACAGCUGGUGCACGCAAGCUUCCUGGAGCUAAUGCUAAAGUUCGGAAGUACUGUGACAACUGUGAAUUAUUUGAUGAUCAUGAUACAGAAGAAUGUGAUGAUGGCGAAACUUUCUAGUGAUUUAUAAGGUCCUCUUAGCGGGCUGAUACUUUGUUUAAUUAGGUAUCUGUUUGAUAUAUCCUUGAAUGUUAGACUACUUCAAACAGCAAGUCAGAUUUCUUAUGUUCUUUGUUUGUAUCUGCAAGAAGGUGACAAAUUUUAUGGGAACUAUUUUCUAUCUACUAUAUUUUUCAUCUUUUUGGAUGCAUAGUCUUCCAAAUAUAUGUUCAGAUCCUUCCAGACCAUUUCUCUGAACGUUAGGUCCUGUUAAAUAUAUGUUGUUACUCUUGCCACUGUUCUAGAGUUUUGGAUAUUGUGUAUGAAACAUUUGUUAUAUAUGUGUACAGUAUUUAUUCCUGAGUAACGUUUUGAGUGCCGGCCACUGUUAUUAUUAUUAUUGACCACAAUUUGUUUAUGUUGAUGAAAUCCCGGGCAAUGUCUUACUUGUGAUCUAUUAUUUUAAGGAUUGUCCCCUGUGAUUGCCGCUUGGUCUAAUCUUCCAUGUUAAAUUUGUUAUUUUCUUAUCAGACUAGGAACUGAGGAGUUCAGUCUUGGUGGACAGAAACCACUUUGUGCUGUGAGUUCAAUUUUAAAUUAAGUACCUUUGCCUCUAUGUUCUAAAUUGUGUUGUCCAAUGAUAUGUCCGAUUGAUUAAAAGAAUCAAUUUUGUUACAAACCAUGUAACACUACAGUGUGGCCCAGAUGCAUUUUCUUAAUCCUUGAUCUGAUCAAUAGGAGAAAGGAGUCUCUUUUGUGUGAAUAUUUUGCAGGAGCAAGGCUUUGUGGCUUAUUGUUUUGGACAGGCUUCUAUUACUUGCAUUUGUGAUUGAGCUUUUAUGUGUAUUCCUUAGCUACACCUGUCUUUAACAGGAAAAAUUUUAAUUACACCAAUUUAUAUGAAUACUUGCAUUCUGAAAUGUCUGAUAAAUCUCAGUUAUGAACAGAUAUAUGUAUUUUUAUAAAAUUUGAUUAUCUGUGAAGCUGACUAGACAGACUCUUUUGUUUUACAAAAUUUGGAAAGUACUAUGAGACAUUAAUUUCUGAGCUCACUUUUUUGACAUGAUAGUAGAUCUACUCAUAACUGAUUACUUGCAAUUUCAAUGAACUCUUGGUAUCUUGGUAAUGAUCCUGUGAUAGCAAGUCAUGUAAUUGUUCAAUAAAUUGACUUACUUUUUA